AUGGAUGGAGCGCGCCGCGCCUCGCCCGCCACCGGCUGUCGGGGGGACGGCGGCGGCCACUCCCCGGAGCGGGCGGGCGUGGCCGCCACACCCCAGCGCCCCGCCGCGUCCCGCCCAGCGGGGCUCGAUGCCUCCGCACAGCCCCGCCGGUCACGCCCGGUGCCCCACCUUGAGCCGGCCAGAGGGGCUCAACACCUCCGCACAGCCCCGCCGGUCACGCCCGGUGCUCUCUUCAGAGCCCCGCCAUGUGCCAGUCAGCGCGGCUUGACGCGCCCACCCAGCCUAAGGGGUUACACCCGGUGGUCGCCGUGUGCCAGGCACCGCCAGCGGGAUGCGACCCCUCUGCACAGCCCCCAAAGCCUCAGCCGGCUUCUACAAGGAGCCGCAGCAGGACAAGCGCUGGCCACCACGCCCAGUUCACUAGUCAAGCGUGACCGGGGCUCUGCCCCACCAACCGGCAGCACCACAGGCAGGAUUAGAGCCAGCGUCUUAUGCAAUUACCGCCCGCCCAGGCUCAGCCCCGGCCGCGCCGGUGUAAUCCGGUGGCGGGGGGGGGGGGGGGCGGCAGCAGCUGCUGCACAUGUGCCGCCCCACACGGGCAGCCUGGGAAGUGUAGUUGGAGCGGGCAGCCCGUCUGCACCUGCGCCCCGGGCACACGGGGGGGUCCCCCCUGCGCCCCCCAACCCCGCAUUGUUCCGAUCCAAAGCCUCGCCCCAUGUAGGGGUGCCGCCCCCUCCCCGCCAGCAACAGCCACCACGAUUAUUCGUAUGUGCGAGGCGGGGGCGCCGCGCCCCUCCUCACGGGGGACAACGCCCCCGGGCCCCGACCCCGGCACGGGCGGCUCCGCGGAAUAGACAAAGCCCCGCGCCCCCCGUCCGCGCCGCCGCUCCCGGGACACAUCAGCCGAGCCGCUCGCUCCCCCCGUCCGCACCAGCAAUCCUCUUACGGGGCAGAUUAGCCCCACGGGUGGCAGGGGCGCGACCCCCCUCCGCAAGCAUCACCCCGAAACCGGCCUUAAACCGCGACCUGCGUCUUAUCCUUUAA